CUUUUCUCCGUGUUUAUGUCUCCAGCAGAUGGCGCCAAACCCGGGCACACUGCGGAACCUUUCCCCGGACACAGCUCCUCCGGUUCAGCAGAGAGCGCUCCAGCCCCGGCCCCCGCCCCGAGCCCCGGCAAAAGUGUCCGUGUGUGCGGCAGAGGCACCGGGAGCUCUCCGCUGCAGCCCCGGUCUGCACCGAUCUACCCCCGGACACCGCGACUCUCCCCGGACACUCUCCCCGGACACCCGCCCGUCUCACCGCAGAGAAGCCCGAGCUCCGGCUGAACUCCGCCCGCAGCCCCCGCGGUCCCCCGGCGCUGCCCGCUCCUCGCCCUCACCCCCCGGACACAGAGCGCCUGCAUGAGCCUGGUCCAGCCGCAGCAGGGAGGAGGAGGAGGAGGAGGAGGAGGAGGAGGAGGAGGAGGGGCCUGCGCUCUCGGAGGGCCCCCGGUCGAGAGGCGGGGCCCCCGGGAGCCUCGCUGAGCACAGGGGGCGCCAUGGAGAGCUGCUGCCUGGGCCCCGGGCUCCUGAGGAGACUCAUCGAACUGCCCUCACCUCCUCUGUCCAGACACCAGCUCAAGAGGCUCGAGGAGCACAGGUACAGCAGUGCGGGCCGCUCUCUGCUGGAGCCGCUCAUGCAGAGGUACUGGGAGUGGCUGGUGGCUCAGGUUCCUUCGUGGAUCGCUCCAAACCUCAUCACCAUCGUGGGCCUGGCCACAAACGUGUUCACGACGCUGGUGCUGGUGUACUACUGCCCCACGGCCACGGAGCAGGCUCCCGUGUGGGCGUACCUGCUGUGUGCCGUGGGACUUUUCAUUUACCAGUCGCUCGACGCCAUCGACGGGAAACAGGCUCGACGCACCAACAGCAGCUCACCACUGGGGGAGCUGUUCGACCACGGCUGUGACUCCCUGUCCACAGUGUUCGUGGUCCUGGGCACGAGCAUCGCGGUGCAGCUGGGAACUCACCCGGACUGGAUGUUCUUCUGCUGUUUCUCGGGGAUGUUCAUGUUCUACUGCGCGCACUGGCAGACCUACGUGUCCGGGACGCUGCGCUUCGGGAUAAUCGACGUGACCGAGGUGCAGAUCUUCAUCAUCUCCGUGUAUCUCCUCGCCGCCGUGGGAGGGACCGCCUUCUGGCAGUCUACGAUCCCGCUGCUGAACGUUCAGAUGAAGAUGGUUCCCGCCUUCUUCACGUUCUUAGGAGCCAUUUUCUCCUGCACAAACUACUUCAGAGUGAUCUUCACCGGAGGAGUGGGCAAGAACGGCUCCACCAUCGCUGGCACCAGCGUCCUGUCUCCGGUCCUGCACAUUGGGACCGUGAUCAUUCUGGCCAUGAUGAUUUAUAAGAAAUCUGCGGUGGGGCUGUUCCAGAGACACCCCUGCCUCUACAUCCUGGCAUUCGGCUUCGUGUCGGCCAAGAUCACCAACAAACUGGUGGUGGCCCACAUGACCAAGAGUGAGAUGCACCUUCAUGAUUUCUCGUUCCUGGGGCCUGGGCUUCUGUUCCUCGAUCAGUAUUUCAACAGUUUCAUCGACGAGUAUCUGGUGCUGUGGGCGGCGCUGGUGCUGUCCCUGUUCGACCUGGUGCGUUACUGCGUCAGCGUGUGUAACCAGAUCGCCUGCCACCUCCACAUCCACGUCUUCAAGAUCAAGAGCGUCUCCACAGCGCCCCCCGCGGGACACCACUGACACCUGCUCCCUCCCUCCUGCGCCCUCCGUCCUCGUCUCCUCGUCUCCUCAUCUCCUCUCCUAACCUCCCCUAACCUCCCCUAACCUCCUAACCGCCUCGUCUCCUCUGUCCUCAUGACCUCACAGUGACCUCCUCUGGUUCCUCUGGUUCCUCUGGUCCAUCAGGUUCCGUCUGGUCUCCUCUGGUUCCUCUGGUCUCCUCAGGUUCCUCUGGUCUCCUCUGGUCCAUCAGGUUCCUCUGGUUCCUCUGGUCCAUCAGGUUCCUCAGGUCUCCUCAGGUUCCUCAGGUUCCUUCUGGUCCAUCAGGUCCCUCUCUGGUUCCUCUAGUCUGGUCCCUCAGGUUCCUCUGUUGGAUGAGGGGGACGUUCUUAAAACUUCUGGUUGGAUCCGUCGGCUUCGCGUUCGUGUUUGAGGAAAAUCCAAAUAUUAAACUUUAAUCAGUGUCACUUUUUCAUCAGCAGAGGGCGCUGUCACUCCACCCCGACGUGUCUGCUUCAUCUCCUCAUGUUCCUCCUCCUCAUGUUCCUCCUCCUCAUGUUCCUCCUCAUGUUCCUCCUCAUGUUCCUCCUCAUGUUCCUCCUCAUGUUCCUCCUCAUGUUCCUCCUCAUGUUCUUCUUGUUCUUGUUGAAAAUGACUCCGGAGAAUCUGCUCAGGUCCCGACUCCAAAUCUCGUUACUUCUUUCAUCCAGAGGUCAUUUAUACUUUUCUCCGAGUCGAGUCGAGUCGAGUCCACACUCCUCGUCCUCGUGUCUCGUCGUCGCUGCUCUGGAGGAUUUUCAAAAACCUCCUCAACCUUCAACCUUCAACCUCCUCCACCUUCUGUUACAACAAAAAUAUUUAAACAUUUCAAAGGUUCAAAAAAACAAAACUGAAAAACCAGGACUGAACCAGAACUAAACCAGGUCUAAACCAGAACUAAACCAGGACUAAACCAGGUCUAAACCAGGUCUAAACCAGGACUAAACCAGGUCUAAACCAGGUCUAAACCAGGACUAAACCAGGACUAAACCAGGACUAAACCAGGACUAAACCAGGACCAAACCAGGUCUGAACAGUAAGAUGUUACUAAACUGUGUGGGACUGAGCCAAAGAUGAAGUCAGUAAUAAACCAGGACUAAACCCAGACUGAAACAGAACUAAACCAGGACUAAACCCAGACUGAAACAGAACUAAACCAGGACUAAACCCAGACUGAAACAGAACUAAACCAGGACUAAACCCAGACUGAAACAGAACUAAACCAGGACUAAACCCAGACUGAAACAGAACUAAACCAGGACUAAACCCAGACUGAAACAGAACUAAACCAGGACUAAACCCAGACUGAAACAGAACUAAACCAGGACUAAACCCAGACUGAAACAGAACUAAACCAGGACUAAAUCUGGACUGAAAAAGAACUACAUCUAGACUGAACCAGGACUAAACCAGGACUAAACCAGGACUAAACCAGGACUAACCCGGUGUGUUGCUGCUGUCG